AUGCACUUUUCCAACAUUGCCAUCAUUUUGCAAUGUGCCGCUUUGUUUGUACUAACCCUUGCUAUCUACAAAUUAUCUCAUGCAAAUGAGAUGGAUAAAAAAUUUAAGUGUCACAAUAGAGUUAUUGAAGUAUGUGUUGGAAUUACUACGGUGUGGCUUCACGAUCGAUCGUAA